CCCUGCCACCUCCCUCCCUCUCUCUCUCUCUCCCUCUCUCUGUCUUUCUCUCUCUCUGAGUCCCAGCCCCUGAAGGUGUCAUAACUGUGCUCUCUCUCUCUCUCUCUCUCUCACUCACUCUCUAUCACCGCCUUUCAGAUCUUUAAAAGCUGGUGCUUUGCUGUGUCUCUCUCGAUCUCCAUUUGUCUCCUCUGGCACUGCAGGGGACUCAACCGGCAAAGCAAAGCACCAAGGAAAAGCUACUGUAGAAACGGGGAAGAAGACUGAGGAAAGGAGAGAGAAAGGAAGAGAGAGAGAGAGUGGGAGAGAGAGAGAGAAAUAUACAUCCAGAAAUAGCAUCAGCCACAUUUAACUGACAGAGAGUGACAGUGUGGAGAACCUGAGACCUGGACAGAAAAUGCCUAUCCUUUCUAACUUAACAACCGUUGUUUUGUUGCUGAUUGCCCACUGCGGAUCAUGGACCGGGGCGAACCGCUUGGGGCCCUUCAAGGUCUGUCCCUCCUGCAGGGAUCCACUGGGGGCAGGUCGGCCCCCCAGGGACCAUAACGCUGCUGGCAGCACGUCAGUGUUGGCCCAGGGAGAGCCCUGUGGCGUGUACACGCUGAGCUGUGCCAAGGGGCUCCGCUGUGUUCCCCCGCCACGGGAGCACAGCCCCCUCCAGGCUCUGUUGCAGGGAAGGGGCAUUUGCGCCAAGCACACCAGGACUAGUCCCACUGAGAGGCCCCCCCCCACAGGUCCACAUCCCUCACACAGUGGUGACAUUGAAAAAGCGCCCUGCCGCAAGCUGCUCAAUAGUGUCCUGAGGGGUCUCGAGCUGACAAUCUUCCAGUCCGACCGCGACAUCUAUAUACCCAACUGUGACACUCGUGGCUUCUACAGGAAAAAGCAGUGCCGCUCCUCCAAGGGCAUGCAGCGUGGCCAUUGCUGGUGCGUGGACGAGCUCGGCACGCCCGUGCCCUCACGUGCCAGCGAAGAUGGUACUUUACCGUGCGAUGGGGAGUGAGGGAUGAGUCUGUCCUAUUGCUCUGAGCCUGGAGGAAGAGGAGGAGGAGGUGGAGGAGGAGGUGGAGGAGGUGGUGGUGGAGGAGCAGGAGCACAGGGAGAGGGGGGGUGGCUUUAGCAUGUGCUAGACACUGCCUGGACAGGAGGUAGCAGGGAUAAACCACUUCCUACACACCGGUAAACGUUCAUGUCCUCUCUAGAAGCAAGACACACACACUCUCACAGUCCAGCAGCAGCAACAAUAACAUCUGCCUGAAUGUUCAACAGUUGCAGCAACGUCUCUGUGCGUCGUCUGGCGACAUGCUGCAUGCUCACAUUAAUGCUCCGUGAACUGCCUCAGUGAAACCAAGCGGUAUUACUCCGAAUGAUCUCUAUAUUCCCUGGCUCUUGUCCUGGCUUUAUGGUAGAUUUUCUUUCAUUUUGUUUUAUUUUGACCUUUUUACUUUUAGGAUAGCUGACACUGCCUGUGUUUGUUCUGAUCUCAGUGGGCUGAAAUACUGUUACGCAGGUGAUGUGACACAAACGUUUGACAAAUGUGUCUCCCUCACCGUCCUCUCUCCCUCUCUCCAAAGAUACACUGAUAUCAACAUACCUAAUUGACAGAAUAUUUCUUUUUCUAUUAAUUUAUUUUUGAGUAUGUAUUUCCAUCAAGUACUGCUUGAAUCUUACAGUAUCUUAUAUGUAUGUAAAGUCAGAAAAAAAUAGUCAUACGAACAUGAUCCUGGAUGCUUCUGUUUUUAUUUUAUUUGUCAAAAUGGCGUUCUGACUGCUUAUUAGUUGAUUGUUUGUACAUAUGUUGGAUUUUUGUGGUCGACUGUGUGUUCUGAAGUGGCAGACAAAAAGCUUACGGCUGUUACCCUUUUCAAAAAAAAAGUUGUAAGGCAUAUUUUUAUACACGUCAAUAUAAUAUUUUAUAUAUGAAUUGUUGGUUUAUUUAAUGAACUACAGUACAAUGCCAUGUAUUUUUAUAUUGUCAGCAGUUUCUUAUUUAAAGACAGAGAUUAUUUUAUUUCAUGUUAGGGGAAGUGUUGCGCUUCAGAGGCACCUCUAUGGCAAAACUCAUCACAUUCAUCAGAGCUCUAUUCUAUUAACUGCUGUACAUCUUAUGGUUAUAUCUCAUGUGUUUAAUUUCCUUUUUUUAUUUAUGCUUUGUUUAUUUGAGAAUUGAGAAUGUCCAUGUUACUAUUAUGUUUUAUUUUGGCACAUCAUACUAUAAAAAUUCUGAUUUCAAUAGAGGGGAAAAAAAUAUAUGAUCAGAUUUGUUCUUGUUAUAGUAUGUCUUUCCCAAGUCCUUGCAAAAGUCAUGAAAUCGUGUGCUAUUAAAAGUGUGAUUAGAAUUUAUCUAUUUCUGACCAAUCUUGUUGUGCCAAUGUGUGUGCCGUGAUGACAGGUCCAUGCACAAAGGACCUUAAGAUUUGCAAAUAUGAAAAUAAAACAUAAUGAUAAUAAAAAUGGAGAAGAAUAAAACAUAUAUUAAUAUAACAA